GGCUGUGGGUGUGUCUUAAGCCAUAGGGUUUCAUUCAUAAAUACGUUUAGCUUUUAAAUCAAAAUUAAGGUGUUCGGAGAAGGUUGGGUGCCAUUGGUUUCUGACUAAAUAUCCCUGCAUGGACCACAUGAAUUACAAUUAGGGGGACGCUCACGCUCGCCUGGACCAUGAGCAAUGAGUCUACCGUAUGGAAAAACCUAACCGAAAACACCACCGAUGUUCCACAAGACCCCGGCAGACAGGAUGGCUAUGUCCUCCUGCUGGUCCUGCUGUCCAUCUUCCUCGGGGGGAUGUUGGUCCUGCUCUCCGUCCUGUUGAUCAUCUGUCGCCGCUGCUGUGAGGGAGACCGGCGCUACUCCAGGGCGAGUGAUGAUCCAGAGAAAACCAACACUACGUACCUGGAGGAGUCACAGCCAGUGCAAGCAGAGAUCACAAUCAGGGUGGAUGAGUCGGACUGCCUGUCGGCCGCAAGCAGCCAUGACAUGGAAACGGAACGAUUCCUUUCCACGGGCACCACCGGCCGCCGGGUCUCCUUCAACGAGGCCGCGCUUUUCGACCACAGCAAGAAGACGCAAGAGAAAGGUCGCAGGUACACUCUCACUGAGGGAGACUUCCAUCACCUGAAAAACGCCCGGCUCACCCACCUCCACAUUCCUCCCCCUGCCCUAAAGAUACUCACCAUCCACGAGUGUGAGUCAUCUGAGAACAGCAUCGCCAUGACAACCCGCCCCGCCUCCAAGUCCAGCCUCUCCAUCUUCCAGCCCUCUGUGUGCCCACUGCCGCAAACCGCUCUGACCAGCCUGAGUGUCAGCCCAAGCUCUGCCCUCCCUGGAGAUGCGCUCAACUCCAUUGUGGACACCAGCUUCAGUGAGAGUCCCCCAGCUCCCAGCCCUGAACAACCCCGCUCCAGCUCUAUCGAGGUGAUGGCAGCCGGGUCCCGGAACGGGAGCAGCCCCGGCAGCGCCGGCGAGGGGGCCUCGGCGAGCGGUGCCCCCCCGGCCUCUGCCGGCUCCGGCCAGGGCACCGUGCUGCAGUUCUUCACCAAGCUGCGGCGCCACGCCAGCCUGGAGGGGGCCAGCCCCUACUUCAAGAUCAAGAAGUGGAAGUUCGACAGCAGCCAGCGGGCCUCCAGCCUGGACACCAGAGGGUCCCCUAAAAGAAGGCAGUUCCAGCGCCAGAGAGCUGCCAGCGAGAGCAUGGACCAGGAGGAGCACGACGCCCACCACAUCGACAUCAUCCAGUACAUCGCACGCACGCAUGACGUUGCAUACUGCCCCGGCCGCUCUUCCCCCAGCUUCCUGUCCCCCCCCUCCACACCACCACCCUCCCUCGGCAGGUUAGAGGUGGAGGUGGUGGUGGAGGCCAGCUGCAGUGGAGGGAGAGGAGUGAUUGGUAUGUCUCCUGAGCCCCAGGAGGAGGGACCGGUGGCUGGGGCCAGCUGCCGCCAAGAGAGCUCCGAACACCAGACUCUGUACCGUGACAUCUGGACCCUGCGCGCCUCGCUGGAGCAGUACGCCUCCUCUGACCAGAGCAGCAACAACGAUAAGGACUCCGUCCGGAGUGACGCAGACAGCGUCUGCUCACUAGGAGGCGGGACCGAGAAAGGGGGCCUGCCCAGUUAUCCCUCACAGGACAUUGGGGAUGAGCCGGAGGGGGAUGCAGAGCUGCCUAAAGAGGAGGGGGGAGACAAAGCGGGCAAGCAGGACAGCGUGGAUUCAGAGAGGGGCAGCGACGGGGAGUCCGGAAACCGCAAGCUGCUUCAGAUGGACAGCGGAUACGCCUCCAUCGAAGCUCCGUGCCGAGCCCCGGAGGAGCUGAGGCUGUUCGGCAGCUCUGCUGGAACCAAGGACAAAACGGCUUCAGAGAAGAGGCACUUCUUCACCAGCGCUGGCCGAAAGGGCACCGUGUGCGAAAGCUUCGAGGCGCGCCUCUUUGAGGAGGAGCUCGAGGACGAGGCUGUAGGUGGGAGCAGCCUGGAGGUCGAGAGUCCCAUGGGGUGGUCUCCGUACGGGCAGAUGUUCGUCCCUCGGGAAUCGCACUCUCACCCCCACCUCCACCUCCACCGGCGGGACUAUAGCAUCGACGAGAAGACCGACGCGCUCUUCCACGAGUUCCUGAGGCACGACCCCCAGUUCGACCAGCAGGAGUCGCCUCUGCGCUCCAAGCAUCGCUCCCGAGUGCACCUCCGCAAGCAGUGGCAGAGGUCCAAGCAGUACAGCGACCCCGGCGUGCGCUUCCCCCCUGCCCUGGAGAGGCAGCGCACCCCGCUCCGCCGAGGCGACAGCGUCAACUACCCGCUGGACACCUGCUACCACAGCACCCUCCCGCGCAUCGUCAGCGCACCUGACGAGGAGGCCAGCGAGGGAGUGGCCAGCGCUGCCGAGACGCCCAUGGCCGAGCCCGGCGGCGCAGAGGCGGAGGAGGACAAGAGGAAGGUGAGCCCCAGCAGCAGCAGCAGCAGUCGGACCAUCAAGGAAGAGGAAGAGCGCGCCUCCUGUUCCCCUCCCCCCGCGCCGGACAGUACGCUGGAGCAGGGCGAGCCCCCCGAGGAUUGCAGGCAAGCUGGGCAGCCCCCCGAGCCACCGGACGAGCGCUCUGCCCCCCCGCCCCAAACCCCAGGCUAUGGUCCACAGACCAUCACGGCUGAGCUGACGGACAAGCUGGCUGCCAACCUGGAGGAGCGACUGUACACCAGCCUUCGCAGGGCCAAGGACAGCCCCGAGUGUGUGGUGACUGUCACUCACGCCUCUCCUGACCACAGCCCAGUGUAGCAUGACUCCGAUUCCCUGUCUGCUCUUUGAAAGCCUUUGAGUUUCAGUUCACCUCCAGGUAACUUGAGUCUUCACCUCCAACUAUAUUGGUCCAUUAAUAAACCUUAACCAUGGUACAUACCUAUAUCUUAACUAUACUCUCCAAAUUAUUACAUCUCUAUCACUGCUUUAUGCCUUUCUCCAAUGAGGCAGGUGAUCAUUUAAAGAGCCUAGAUGCCCUCUGCACUAGUAAUUCCACUGUGAAAUCAGGUGCUAUAAGACUUGCUCACACUACUGCUGUAGAGACAAGAUGAACUAUAUUCCUGUCCACCUUGGCAACAGGGCUCCUCUGGCUUCAUUUUAGCAUUCUUUUGCAGGGAAAGUUCACAAUCAAGUUUGCUAAGAGAUCUCAACAGGAUAGACAUUUCAUUCACUCCAUGUACAUUACAGACAAGCGUUGUGACAAUUCCCAAUUCAGUUAAAUAGAGGAAAAUGCCUUUUUUUCAGUGAGAUUAUGCCCAGGUCCAUAGGAGACGUUGGUAACAAUCACUAUACAGCCACUCAUCUGCACACUUGUGACCAUUUCCUUUUCUUUUUGUUCGUUUAUGUUGUGGUAUCACAAAACAUUACCACAAAAGAGUGUUUUACAGUAGAGACAUAAACGCUGCUGGUACACUUUCCUUUGAUAUGGUUUAAAUAUCAGAGGAGCUCUGUUUGAGGGAACAACCCUUUAAAAUAAUGUUGCAUGGUCUAAGGUUGGACCUAUUUAUUUGCAGCCACAUAACAUAAUGCAGGGCAAUAUUGUAAUGCAGCUUCAAUUUUUCAUCUCAAGGGAGCAAAUCUGAGAAUACAUGAAUUGAGCAGAUCUUAAGAUUCAAAGUCAAGGCAAUGAUCUGUAAAGUGAUUUUUGUUCUUUAAACCCUUAAGCGCUUGUGUUGUAGCCAAUACAACAUGUUGAGCUGCAGCAUUCUAACAACUACUCUCUUGGUUUCGAAGUAUAUGGAAAUGUACAGUAGCUUGUAUGUGGCAAAAGUAUGUCCUGGUAGAGAGUAGUUUUGUGGGCGGGUUUCAAAUGAGAGAAAUUGCACUAUGAUAUGGGGUAAGUAAAAGGGGGUUCAUUUCUCAUAUCCAAAUUCUUCCCAACACCAAAUCAGAAAAGCUCCUUUUUAAAGUGUCCUUGUCUUUUAAUAGUGUUGGUGGGAGUGGUGCAGAGCUUGUUUUCAGGGAAGCACUCACUGGAAAAAGAACUGACUCCGGUUCCCAGUGAGAAGAUUGUGAAUACCGGUUAUUUGAUAUCAUUGUAUGUAUUUAUUUCCAUGUGCAUUGUUUGUAUUAUACCUGAAUGGUACCUUCUGUUAUUAAUAGUCAGCCAUUACGAUCAUAAUCGAACCCCUGUUACAGGAGUAGGACGUAACAGUGUUUAUUGUCCCAUUCAACAUGAAAACUCUUCUGUGCCAAAAAACCUGUCUUUUGGCAUUGUGGAUGACUACUACUUCUUACUAAGAAAUCGAGGGCAAAAUGUAUUCAUUUAGUUUGCACAAACAGGGGCUUCUUUGAGAGCCUGAAUGAGACUGGCACUACCAUAGAUAGAGUUCUAGGAAAGGCACACUGUCUUUAUACGUUCCACAAAUAGGCUUUAUGUAUGUAUGUAUAUAGGUUUGCUUUUUGUGAAUGUCAAAACUUCAUCCUGGCCCAAAGACAACAUUUUUUAUUUUGUACACAGAUGAGACACAAAAGCUCUUUGGAGGACAUUUCCACAUCUCACCUGAAGUAUUCCCCACAGAAUACUGAUGCUGCCAAUCAAGCCAAUAAUCACACAUCAUUUCCAAUUCUUGGAAUGUGUCCUACUGCUGUACCAUCACAGGCUUUCCCACUUGGUGUCUGACCAUUUAACUUUCAUAACUGGUGAUCUCCUCUUUAUUGGUAGCACCAGGGUUCUCAUGGUCUCAUGUAAAAUGAAGCAGCCAACAAAAGGUGUUCAGUGAACAUGAAGAACAGGUUGUGAGAGAGUCUUUGUAAGGUUCUCAUGCAGGGCUGACCAAACCAUGUGUGUCUGAGGAGCUUCUGUGUGUAAGGCUAGUGGUGAGAGCAAAUGUCUCCUUUUUUGACAUGAGAAAUAGUCUCCCAUGUUUAGAUACAUAUUCAUUUCUUCAAACCUAUGUCCACAUAAGGUAGAUCUACGCUGAAUGUUUUGUGGCAAAAGGCUGUUGCAAAAUCUUUGGUCAGAAAAAUGGUUAGCUCUUCCAUUUAUUACUAUAGGGAAUGAUGUAUGCCUCAUUUCAUGUGUACAAAGAGAGUUGAGAUAGUUAUGAGGACAAGUCUUGUCUAAAUUAGCAAUGUUAAAUACAAACUUGAGGCCUGGAACUCAAGGUACUUUCUUUUAUAGAUUACCUUAUAAAAGAAAGCACCUCUCCAAAAUCGUUCAGGACCAUUGUGUACAAUUUAGAAGGUGCCCUUUUUCAUCAAUAUACUAAGGAUUCAAAUCCCAGUACAGGGCCAGUUGCUGUUCAGCAGGGCCAAUAAAUGAUUUGGUAACAAAUGUAUGAGAUCUCUGUAAGAUCCCGUCUGUUACAAAUGCGCACUAGCCAUCAUGUCAAACACAAGCUUUCAAAGGCUUUGAAAGAACUGACUCAAAA